AUGAAGAUCUUUUACUUCCUCUUCGCUCUGAUCACAUACUCCUAUUCACAGGACACCUCUCCAACACCUACAACAACACCUCAAUGUAACGCGCCGAACACAAAAUAUAGCAAUUGCACCAACUUGUGCGGAGAAAAGAACUGUAACAACUAUAACAAACCUUCUCCAUGCUUCUCUCUUAGAUGUGGACCACCCGCUUGUGUUUGCAAUGAGGAGUAUGUUUUCUUAUCCGGCGAACAUUCUGAAGGUUGUGUUACUAAAGAACAGUGCCCAACUUUGAAUCGUCGUUGA